AUGGCAACUCCUAUUAAGAAAGACCUCAUGAAGCUCGAUGAGACUUCUUAUUCAUACAUCUUUGAACAAGAUGUGUCCAUUCCGCUGAGUGGCGGCGUGCUUAUUCGAAGCAAUAUCUAUUAUCCAAAGGGAGUCAAGCAAGGUGAAAAGUAUCCCGUUCUCGUUACGUACGGGCCAUAUGGAAAGGACGUUCCAUAUGAGGCAUUUCGGCCGACAAGUUUUGCAGAACUGAACCCUGACCAUAAAUCUAAUCAUGCGGCAUGGGAGACUCCAUUCCCUGCAUAUUGGACUGAACACGGCUACAUUGUGAUUCGGGCGGACGAAGUUGGUAUCGGUCAAUCUCCCGGAGUAUUGGACGUCUGGUCAAAAGUUGUGCUUGACACUUUUUGCGAGCUGAUAGAAUGGGCUGCAGAGCAAAAGUGGUCUACCGGAAAAAUCGGUCUUACGGGAAUUAGCUAUUACGGCGCGAUCCAGUGGCAGGCAGCGGCACGGCAUACAAAAGGUCUCGCUGCCAUUAUUCCAUGGGAAGGCUUUGCCGAUCUCUAUCGAGAUGCUACACGUCACGGUGGUAUCUUGAGUAAUGGAUUUUUGCGGUACUGGUAUGAUCUUCAGGUUGUACCAAAUCAGUAUGGGUAUCCUGGUCGAGAAGCUACUGGCUGGGGUCCAAAUACUUCGGAAGGUAAUCUGACCGCAGAAGAACUCGAAUCGUCUAGGGUAGAUAUCUCGGAUAGGAGUUGGACCUACCCAUUUGCCGAGGGUGAUCGUUUCACAGCCUGGGAUGUGAAAUUAGAAGACAUCAGAGUUCCCCUUCUAAGCGUUGCAAAUUGGGGAGGUACAAUGCUGCAUCUUCGUGGAAAUGUUGAGGGCUUUGUGCGAGCCGGUUCUACGUUCAAGUACUUGCGCUUCAUUACGGGGAGGCAUGAUUUACCAUUCUACUAUCCGGAAGAGGUAGAGCUUCAGAGAAGCUUCUUAGAUGCAUUUUUGAAGAAUGAGGAUAGAGACGGUUGGUCCAAGAAAGGUGCGAUUCCGGCAGUAGACCUAGUUCUCCGGAAAGGUGACGUAGGCUACAACGAUCCUAACGCGGAACUCACUUAUCCUCGCCGAAAAGAGACUGAGUGGCCUAUUGCGCGGACUCAGUAUAGAGACCUCUUCUUGACUCCAGCAAAAGAACUUCUUUUCUCUAAACCAAGUGCUGACGGAGAAAAAUUAGGCUACAAGGCCCUAGGCACAUUAGAAAGUCCACAGUUGAUCUCAUUCACUAGCCUUCCUUUUGAAUCUGAGACAGAGGUGACAGGGCAUAUGGUCGCUCAUCUCCAUGUCUCCGUGGCCGCAGACUCUUCAGGCCCUGUUCCAUCGGAUAUUGAUCUUUUCUUAUCCGUUCGUCAUCUCUCGAAGUCAGGCAAGGAAAUCAGCUACACGGGCACCCUUGGUGGACCAAAUUGUGUGACAAAGGGAUGGCUGCGAGUGAGUUUGCGGAAAACUAAUCCAGAACACCCUUUACAUCGACACUACCUUCCACGUCGUGAGUAUCGCUCCGUUGAUCAGCUGCCCGUGGUCCCGAACGAAAUAUAUGCGGUGGAUGUGGAACUCUGGCCGACAAAUGUAGUUUUGGAGAAAGGAGAACGACUUGUGUUCGAAAUUAGUUCUGGAGAUACUCCUGGUGUGGAAAUUAGUGUUCAUAAUUACCCUCCUGAUAGGUCGGCAGAAAAAUUCCAGGGCACCAAUUUCAUUCAUUUUGGACAACACCAUGUCAACUACCUCAGGGUUCCUAUUAUUCCACCACAAUAG